ACCGAGUCUUCGCCAUGUUUUUACAAAGACGUUCCGUUUUUGUUUUGCUGUUGUGUCUCCAAAUUGUUUCAUCGUUUAACUUAGGCGAAAACUCAGCAAAAAAUAAAAGCGACAGUAAUAGUACUUUCAUCAAACACACAAGGCGUUUGAAGAAAACAAAGACAAGAUCACUUAAAUUAACGCACAAUCCAAAGGCAAACCUAAUAGCACUAAGUGAUAAAAGAAGGUUUCUAAAGUCAUAUGAUAUCGUCACUUGCGAUGGUUACAUACUGAACAUAUUCAGGACCACUUUCGAAACUGAUGAGCCGACACAUAAAGAAUUUCCCGUGGUACUAGUUCCUGGCUUGUACCAAUCUUCGGACAGGUUUGUUAGACAAAACACUGAACAUUCUCUGGCUUUCCUACUCCAAGAUCUUGGGUAUGAUGUAUGGCUCGCCAAUGUACGUGGUAAUAAAUAUGGCAGACGUCAUUUGUACCUUGAAUCAGAAACGGAUGAAAGUACCCAGUUUUUCGACUACAGUUACGAUGAAAUUGGUUUUUAUGACAUCGCUGUAAUAGUAGACUAUGUUUUAAACGAUACACGCAAAGAAAAGGUGCAUUAUAUUAGCCAUUCGUUAGGUGGCACUGCCUUUUUGAUUUUAAAUUCAAUUAAGCCGGAAUUUAAUAAUAAAUUUGAAACAGCGCACUUAAUGGCUCCCAUUGGGUAUCAGAACUAUUUCCCUAAUGAUAACUUUACGAAGGAAGUCGAUCACUUUAAGGAAAUAUAUGAAGAGCUUAUAAAAAAAGAAAAAGCAGAAAUAUUUCCCCCUGUGAAGGAUGAAAGCAAGAAAUUCUCAGUAGAUGACUGCCUCGGCGACAAACAAUAUCAAAAUAUAUGCGAAGAGAUGAAAAUUGACGAAUUAAUGGGCCUAGAAAAAAAUAACAAUUCAAAGGACAAAACGAGGGGCGGCUCUAUCAAGCUACUAGCUCAUUUAGCUCAAAACAUCAAAUACAAAACCUUCAACCGAUGGGAUUAUGGUGAGGAAGGAAAUAUGAAUCACUACAAAAUCAAACAAGCCCCUAUAUACAAUUUAAGUCAUAUAACUGCUCCAACUAUGAUAGUUUAUGCUUCAAACGAUGAGUUUGUGAGUCCUAAAGAUAUCGAGAAUAUGGCUAAGAAUAUGGCUAAGGCUUCAACAAGAGAAGUGAAAAGAAAGGAUUUCAAACAUCAAGACUUUCUUCUUGCGCCGGAUGUCAUGGAAACCGUUUACCAUGACAUUAUAGAAGAUCUGAGGAACAAAGCCCGUUUAUAUUCGGAAGGCGUAAAAGAACUCAGAAAAGUGCACUUGAUUGAUGAUGACGAUUACGAAGACGAUCCAACGAUAAUAAAGCCGGAUAAUGACGGGAACUCAAAAAAAGAACCAAAAAACAAUAUGAAACUAUUUAUACCAUCUACCUUAUCUUCAUCCAUACCACCGGAUACAGGUGAAGUUCUUCCUUUGGGUCUAUCAGAUCAUGAUACUGGCCAGUUACUUCGAAUACCAGUACGUGAAAAGCAUAUUCCUCCCUCGUACUGUGAUGUCACGGCUACGUCACAACGCAACAGCGACCGGAGCGGUGAAGCGCGAGGCGGCAGCAGCGGGGUCAGUCGAUGUUUCGAGUCCGCGCUGGAAACAACGGCUGCUCAGUCCGGUGUGGCGGCGUGCGUUUCGCGUUCGUCCCGGGCUUCCUGUAGGACCGAGUCCUUUAUAGGCCGCGUGUGUUCUCGCGUAGAUAGCCGGAGGUUUAGUCCUGAAACCCUGUUCCCCGGGAAACGCUCCACCAUCCCGAUAUAUCCAGGGCCCGCUGCCAGAUUACCGCGUGACUCCGGUUGUAUUACGACCCCGUGUCAAUGUGUAUAG